AUGUUGGAAGGAAAAGGUGUGGUGCGAGAGACAGACAUGGAAGAAGUGAUGCAGUACCAUGUCAUGGAGUUAGCUCAUCAAGCUUUAGAUGCACAUGAAGUUUCUGAUUGUCAAAAGAUUGCCUAUUUCAUCAAACAGAAACUUGAUGAAACAUAUGGACCUGCAUGGAAUUGUGUUGUUGGAAAUGAUUUUGGAUCUUGCAUUACACAUUUAUGUGGAAGUUUCAUAUUCUUUCGAGUUGAGAUGAUGGAGUUUCUGGUCUUCAAAGAUGGAAAGGACUUCACAGAAAGUAGGAAAGAAGUUAUUCGAGUUCUGCAGAAACCAGGAACUUGA